AUGAAUCGUCUUUUUGGCUCAAAGAGCACGGCGCCUAAGCCUACCCUAAACAGUGCCAUUUCAAAUGUCGACACCAGAGUCGACUCAAUCGACGUCAAACUGGCGAAAAUCAAUGCCGAACUCUCGACAUACCAGACCAAACUUUCGAAAAUGCGCGACGGGCCGGGUAAACAGGCCAUCAAGCAGAAAGCCCUGAAGGUCCUCCAACGACGCAAGAUGUACGAGUCCCAGCGCGACCAAUUACAGCAGCAGUCUUGGAACAUGGAGCAAGCCGGGAUGAUGCAGGACAACUUGAAGAAUGUCAUGACGACGGUGGAUGCGAUGAAGACAACCAACAAGGCCCUGAAGCAGCAGUACGGCAAGAUCAACAUCGACAAGAUCGAGCAGAUGCAGGACGAAAUGGCGGAUCUGAUGGAGGUCGGAAAUGAGAUCAAUGAGAGCAUAAGUCGAGCAUAUGACGUCCCGGAAGAUGUCGACGAAGCGGAACUAGAUGCUGAGCUGGAGGCUCUCGGGGAAGAUAUGCUGUUUGAGCAAGAAAUGGGCAUGGGAGAGAGCGCGCCGGGGUUCUUGCAGGAUGAAGUCGCACCGCCUCAAUUUGUUGACGAGCCCCCUGAGCAGGCCAAGGUGAAGGAGGCGGCUGGUGGAAUUGGCUAA